UGUCAUUUCCGUUUAUAGAUCUACUAAACGUCAAACCAGGACCCUGUCUGCCGUACAGCACGGAAACCAAUGUGUCAACUCAGUAGUUAAGUUAUUGCGUUGCAUUAUAAGUGUUUUAAAAGCAAAAGAAGCUUAUUUACUGGUUUGCUAACUUGAGAAUUUAGCUAACUUUAUAGCGAGCAGUUCUGAGGUUUAAUUCAAUUGUUGGGUUAGCUUAGGUUUAGCUAACGUUAGCUGCUUUAUAUUAUGGACGUUUUACGUCCAGCUCUUAUCAAUAUUAAUGGCAGAAUAUACCGGAGGAAUGUCAUUAAGGAGGAAAAUUAUGAGGAAGAAGAAGAAGAAGUGUCUUACAUGGGGACACCAGAGAGUGAAUACCUGGAAGAAGAUGAAGCCUGUGACACAAACUUCAUUGAACAGACUGAGAAGGGAUACCGCUGUGCCAUCGAAGUCCCAAGUGUUCUUUACAAAUACAUUAUUGGAAAAAAAGGAGAGACACGGAAACGCCUGGAGUUUGACACAAAGACAUCAAUCAACAUCCCAAAACAAGGAGUGGAGGGGGAGAUUGUUAUCACAGGUUCCCAUAAAGCUGCAGUCUCAUCUGCAGUCACACGUGUUGAGGUCCUUGUUGAGAGUUUCCGGAAGAAGCAGCCUUUCACACAUUUCUUGUCAUUCCCUUUGAAUGAUCCUAAAAUCCAAGAAGGAUUCCUGAUCUUUAAAGAAGAGGUGUUGCAGCAAUGCUCACAGGAUCAUGGAGUUGAGGGGAGCAUCUUUCAGAACCCUGCAAAGCUUCACCUGACAAUCGGCACCCUUGCUCUGUUAAAUGAAACAGAAGUGAGAAAAGCGUGUGAACACCUUCAACAGUGUCAAAACUUCAUCCGGGACAUCACAGAAAGAAACCCUCUGACAUUGGAGGUGAUGGGCAUAGAGUACAUGAAUGAUGAUCCGGCCAUGGUGGACAUAUUGUAUGCCAAAGUCAAUGUGAAAGACAAAUCUGACAAGUUGCAGGUGAUCGCGGACCGGCUGGUGGAGCACUUUGUCUCCGCAGGGUUGAUGGUGAGAGAGUGGGACAGAGUGAAGCUGCAUGGCACCGUGAUGAACACUCUGUUCAGAAAGGACUCAACAGUUGAAGACGCAGGCGGCCCAGGGAGACAAACCAUGAGUGAACGAGAGGCUUUCGAUGCCAGAAACAUAUUAAAGAAAUUUGGUGCUUAUCGUUUUGGAGAAUUUGGGUUGAAUACUGUGCUGCUGUCCCAGAGAUAUUCCACGGACUGUACGGGCUACUACACCUCUGCAGGGAGCGCCAGCUUCUCAUGAGUUUCUACUGGGAUGAGCAUAUUCUAAGUGCCCUCCCCGCACGAAGCCACAACCUUGUUCCCACUCCCGUCUGUCCAAUGUGUCAGCAGAUACAGACAUCGGACACAGAGCCACUUGCUCUCCACGUCAGAGUUGUUUUUUUUCAGCCUUCCCCUCAGCUGCCGAUGCGCUCUGCUUGGCAUGCAGGAGGGCGAUCGCAGCGCCGCCCAAGUUACACUGAUGGAAAGUGAGGGUGCUUUUUGUUUGUCAGCUCUGCCAUCCCGUGCUGUCCACCCUCCCCUGUUCCCCUGGAGCCAUGUCAACAGACGCCAUUAGACAGGGACAUGCAAAUUUUGUCAGCCAGCAGAGCUGUCCAUGCACUUACUGUGCCGCUGUCUGGGUGU